AUGAGCGAGGCCAUGAAUCGUGUUGUUCCCAGCAAAGACUUGAAAUCUGCGUGGUCAGGGAUGGGAUGGAAGCUAGGAAAAAAGAUAUGGAACAGGUUUUCCUUCUUAGAGCUCUCAGAAGACAGCAAGGCUGUUGACAGCUACAUCUGCUUUGAAAGUAGUGGAGUAAUGAAGAUGAUGUUCUAUAGUGCCAUGCAGUGCAGUGUCUCCUAUUUACUGGAAUCUGGCAUUUCAGGGGUAUCUCCUAUGCAUGUUGCUUUCGGCAAUCAUUCCAGCUGCCUUGUUCCUGGUGAUCAGAGAUGGUUGGUGGACCUUCCUACUAAUAGUUAUUUGACUAAAGCUCAGUUACAUUUACUCUCCGUUAAAGGAUUCCAAGCCUACAAAUAUCGGAGUCCUAGCUAUAAUGCAGCACCCCCUAUUCCUAAAGGCAAACCAGCACAGAUGUGGUCAGAUGAGGGAAUUCGCCCUUUAUGGAAGGAUUGUAGAGCAGCUCACCCCAGUAUGGUUAUUAAUGAUUCCUAUGGAAUUGUAUGGGACUGGUCCCCUAAGGGGAUGGCAGUCACCAAUUGCACUGGGGAACCCUGCUCCCCUCAUCGAAAGUUAAAAUGGCAAGUUUUUGAUGAUCCCAUUGUGCCGCGAACCUUAGUUUCAGGAGAUGCACCUCUGGUAUGGCUUGGGCAAGGACUUUCUAUGCCAUCUCCUUUUGUUGUUUAUCAUAAAAGACAAAAGAAUUUAUGGAAGGUUACUACUGCUUUAAGUCACGUAAGAGUUUGGAAUGGCUCUUACAUUCAUCAGUCCAAUAAUUAUACAUUUUCUUUUUUCCUCAUGGAUGAAGAAUGGAUAAGAGCUUGUGUUAGAGAUCCCUAUGUUUUUGUUAUUGGCAAAAUGACUUUUAUUCAUAAUAAUAGAGAAAUAGACUGUCUAAACUGUAAGAUGUUCACCUGUGUAGAUAGGAAUGUUUAUAGAGACAAUUCUAUCAUUCUUUUACCUAGAAGAAGAAUAGGCAUUUGGCUGCCGGUGAAACACCACCGUGUCUGGGAAAGUUCUCCCGACGUACAUAUACUUCUAACAGUAUUGAAGAACUGGGUUCAUAGAACAAAAAGAUUUGUUGGAUUACUUAUAACAGCUAUUCUAGGAAUUAUAGCCAUUACUGCUACAGCUACCACUGCAGGAAUGGCCUUGCAUCAAACUGUACAGACUACACAAUUUGUACAGAAAUGGCACGAGAACGCUAGCAAGGCCUGGAGUCAACAAACGUUCAUAGAUCAAAAAUUAGAUGAACGUGUCUCUGAUUUAGAAACAGCCAUGAUAUAUAUAGGAGAUGAUCUUCAGAAUAUAAAGCUUAGACUUCAUAUUUUAUGUGAUUGGAAUGUUUCUUCUUUCUGUGUUACUCCCCACGCCUAUAAUGAAUCAGAAGUAUCUUGGAGCAAAAUUCGCCGACACAUUACUAACCAUUAUGGUGAUAAUCUAACCUUAGAUAUUAAACAACUUCAAGAUACGAUCCUAAGUAUUACUCACUCAUCACUACAAUCUGUUCCAGGAUCCUCAGAAGCACGCGAAAAUCCCUCCAACGACUGA